CUGUGCGGCGCGCUCAUUUUACACGAGGAGCAAUCGUCGAGCAGCAGUAGUGCUCUCGCGAACGCCAUCUAUCAGUACUGAAGCCCUGCGCCCCGCCGCAACGACGUCGCGCAGCUAGGCAAGCAGACAGGCAGACACAGCCAGCACAAAAGCAGCAAAAAGCAGCAUCCUCGUGCCGCGGGCCGGGGUUCCCGCUUGACAUCAGCAAAAGGCAGCAAAAGCCUGCGCGAGAACCAGGCACCGCUCGACGGCCACAAAAAGCAGCACCCAUGGCCCAGCAGACGCCGACCUCCAACAGCGUCAAAGCCUUACGGGCAAGAGGCGACCAGGUCUGGGCGCGCAUGCCGAAAUGCAACGCCGAGUUCUUCCGCUUGACGUAUGGUGCUUUAGUGGUGCAACUGGUCGAGGACUGCGAUGAUAUCAAAGAAGUGAACGACAAACUCCUUUCUAUGGGGGUGUCUAUCGGUACUCGUAUAAUAGACGAGUUCCUCGCCAAGAGCAACCAAAGGGAGCCGUGCAAAUCCUUCGAGGAGACCUGCGAGGUCGUCGGGCGCGUCGCCUUCAAGAUGUUUUUAGGGGUCGAGGCCGAUGUGAGGAAUUGGAACGAGGAUAAAUCAAGGUGUUCGCUCGUGUUCCCCGAGAACCCCCUGAACGAGAACGUGGAGCUGCCGCCGGGCAAGAACUUCCUCUACUCAAAUAUUAUUUGCGGCGCGAUUCGAGGCGCCUUGGAGCAGAUCCUCUACAAGGUCGACGUGUACUGCAUCAAGGACACGCUGCGGGGCGACGACACGAACGAGAUCGGGAUCACGUUUGUUUCGAGGCUGCAGGCGGAGAUGGACGACCAGUACAAGGAGUCGUAAGUAUGUUUUUAU